ACAGCUACCCCAUGUUUCCAAACCUCCUCUCAUCGCGCAAAGACCGUAGCUUAUCCUUGUGAACGAUGCCUUCCAAACUUCGUCAACGCUGCCGCGUCGCGUGGCUCGAACCGAUCGACGCCGACGAGUCACCUUCGCUCCCCCCGCUGCAUCUUAAAGAUAUAUUCAUUCUCGACUCGCUGAACACAUACUCUUGGAUUGCACUGGUCGGCGUCUUUUGGGCUCUGGUGUUGACGACAUUGGGAGUGGGCCGGCCGGCUCUCUUCGCGGUGGUGGCUGGUGUGCAUUGCGUGCUGGUUGGCCUUGCAGCCGGGCUCGCAGCGAUAUAUGCCCGUAUCUGGCCCACUAAGAAGGCCAUGAACAAUAUGAAAGGCCAAGAUUGACUUGGUUAAAUGAUCCGAUUGCCAAUCCCGCCGGUUUAUCGGCACACCAGCGACAGACAGUCUGGAUUUGAGAUAUUAUGCAGGCGGUGGGAUGGGAGGCGAUGUACUGAGCAUGCCACCUCCGACUUCACAUUAAGAGUUCCGGCGGAGAAAGAGCCCUCAACGUGGCAUACUUUCACUUCAAUCGCUAAGGCGUUCAGAUUGGGACAGAGAAUAGGGCCCAGAAGGUACCAGUGAUGGAAACGGGCUCACAUGCAGUUCUCAAGAACCGAGGGGUAUGGCAGGUGGUGUGCCGAAAAUGGACUUGAUUUGAGGAUUUGAGCCUGGCCACGCUCACUACACCACUGAUGAUGCUGUUAUGCUGGACAAUUAGCCUAUCAUGGCGGCAAAAUAUGAUGGUUUCCUUGGA